UUGGGACAGCUGAAACAGCAGCAAUGACUUGUGGCCACCUCUCUUCUUUGUGAGACUUGGAUGCUGGGGCAGGCUAUCCUCACAUUAAUGCCCCAAAAGACUCACAAGUACAACUUUGAGUUCUAGAAUGAUUGCUGAAUUUUUUUUAUGUGACGCUGUCAAAGCUGAUGGCCACUUUUUAAAAAGGUUUUUCAACCGUGCAUGAACACGUUGAUGGAGAAUAAUAUUUAUCAUUUUCAUUCCGUCAUUUUUUUUGGGCAUACCUUUUUACAUUCAUGCCGAAGUUGACUGACAGAUUUAUUUAUACAAGAGGCAUGUGGUGCCAUGAUAGUGAGGCACAAGAACAAAUUGGUCAUUUUUCUUGAGCAUCGACGUCUGAGGAAACGCCACUGUUACUUUUUUUUCUUUCGUCGACUUUUUUUUUAUAUCAUCACAUUGAGAGGCUUCAUGGCAGACACGCAAGUGCCCUGUGAAACAUCGACAAUCUAACAAUCGAAACUUUCCCUCACACUGGAGCUGUACCGCAAGCAGCGGUGUUGACCGCAUCUUUCUACCGAGGACCAGUGAGCAGACGUCGGCUGCCUCAAGAUGAGUGGUCAGCGAGUCCUCACCUAUCUGCGGAUAUUUGGGACCACAAUGUUUGGUGUUUCACUCCUGGUGGGCAUCUCCACAGCAUACAUCAUGGGCUACCAGUUCUUCACCACAGCCCACAAUCAUCUGUCCUUUGGACUUUAUGGAGCCAUCUUGGUUAUCCAUCUCCUUAUCCAGAGCAUCUUUGCACUCUUAGAACACCAAAAUAUGAAGCGGUCCUUAGAGACGCCAAUUAAACUGAAUAAAUCUUUAGCGCUAUGCAUUGCAGCAUAUCAAGAGGACCCAAACUACCUGAGGAAAUGCCUGGUGUCAGUAAAGAGGCUGACGUACCCCGGAAUCAAAGUCAUCUUGGUGGUCGACGGCAACUCAGAUGACGACUUGUAUAUGAUGGACAUUUUCAAAGAAAUCAUGGGAUGGGACAAUGUCGCCACAUACGUGUGGAGGAGUAACUUUCACAGCAGGGGGCCAGAAGAGACAGAUGAGAGCUAUGCUGAGAGCCUUCAGCAAGUCUCGAGACUGGUCCUAAACAACAAAUGUGUGUGUAUCAUGCAGAAAUGGGGAGGCAAGAGAGAAGUCAUGUACACAGCCUUUAAAGCGCUUGGAAGGAGCGUCGACUAUGUCCAGGUGUGUGACUCUGACACCAUGCUGGAUCCAGCAUCAUCGGUGGAGAUGGUAAAGGUUCUUGAAGAGGACCCCAUGGUGGGUGGUGUUGGAGGAGAUGUGCAGAUUCUAAACAAGUAUGAGUCGUGGAUCUCCUUCCUGAGCAGUGUACGGUACUGGAUGGCCUUCAACAUUGAGCGGGCUUGCCAGUCUUAUUUUGGCUGCGUGCAGUGUAUCAGUGGACCAUUAGGAAUGUACCGAAACUCACUCCUGCACGAGUUCCUUGAGGACUGGUACAAUCAGACCUUCAUGGGAUCCCACUGCAGUUUUGGGGAUGACCGCCAUCUUACGAACAGAGUUCUGAGCCUUGGGUAUGCAACCAAGUACACUGCACGGUCCAAGUGCCUAACAGAGACACCGAUUACAUACUUGCGGUGGCUCAAUCAGCAGACGAGAUGGAGUAAGUCGUAUUUCCGAGAAUGGCUCUACAACUCCAUGUGGUUCCACAAACAUCAUCUUUGGAUGACCUAUGAGGCUGUGAUUACUGGGUUCUUCCCAUUUUUUCUCAUCGCCACUGCGAUCCAACUCUUCUACCAAGGAAGACUUUGGAAUAUUUUGUUGUUUCUCCUGAUUGUCCAGGCAGUGGCACUGAUCAAGUCGACAUUCGCCAGCUGCCUCAGAGGCAACAUUGUGAUGGUGUUUAUGUCCUUUUAUUCAGUACUGUACAUGUCAAGCCUGUUGCCAGCCAAAAUGUUUGCUAUCGCAACAAUCAACAAAUCUGGAUGGGGGACCUCCGGGAGGAAAACAAUUGUGGUGAACUUCAUUGGUCUCAUUCCAAUAUCAGUUUGGUUCACCAUCCUCUUCAUUGGGUUCAUCUACACUACGAUCCUGCAGGCUAAAAAACCCUUUCCUGAAUCAGAAAUGCUCAUUCUGAUCAUUGGGGCGGUCGUCUAUGCCAGUUAUUGGGUGAUACUGCUGACUUUGUACGCAGUACUCAUAAACAAGUGUGGUAAAAGGAAGAAGGAAACACACUAUGACAUGGUGCUGGACGUUUGACUUUGCCGACAACACUCAGCAUGUACCACUGAAAUGCCUUACUGAUGCUCUUCUUACAGACGUUCUGAUUAAGAUGAGCUUCUCUGGAUUUUUGCGUUGAGUUGAACUGCAAUGGGCAAAACCAAAAUGUUCAAACUUGAAUAACAAGAAUACAAGAAUUUCAGGAGCACCAUAGAAUUCAUAAUCAUGGGACCAUAGUGUCCGUUAGCUUGCCUAUAUUUAUUUUAAAUGAUUUUUGCUCAUCCGAAGAACAACAUGUAUAGGCUUGCUUUCAGGAGACAUGAUGACUGAGUAUGGCAAGAGGAAGCAUUUUCAGUUGGCAGGAAGCGUGUAUGGCUUUGUACGGACAGCUACCUCUUAGACUUGUCAUCUCCACUGGGCUUCACAAAGUGUAGCAUAGCUCACCCAAUGAAACUUUGGAGAUUGCUCAUUAAGGUUUUCUUAACCAUGAUAAACUCCAGAGCAUAACUGUGCAAAUCUGUGUUUACCUGAACUGAAAAAGUGAAAUAGCAAAGUACCAAUUGCUUUCUAGUGUGUCUACUUGCUUCCACAAUUAGCAUUGAACUUGGCAAUGUGAACGGCACAUAUUGCUAUCAGUUGUGUGCCACUGUACAGUACUCAGUUUGGUUUGUAGAACCGUUUUUGUCAUCCACUUCUAUGUAGUUGUUCCAUAUUGCUGUACCUUGAUGGUAUUUUUUAAUACAAAAUAUUGCAAAAAAACAAACAAACAAAAAAACAA